CCACCGCAGCUAAUAUUCCUUCCGAUUCUCGAAGCUCUCCUGAUUGACCAUGUUUUUCUACCAUUCCUGUCACCAGCAAGCCGUCACUUUACCCCGCCCGGCAUCGUUGAACAAUUCUUUAAUUCUUACUCGGCUAAGAAAUAAAAAAGCUAUGUCAUCCUAAUUUACGAUAAACCAGUUUAAUACUGAAAACGUAAUCAUCAGGAACUUUCUUCGUUCGUUCAUAAUUAAAAAUCUCAUUUUUAUUUCUAUAAAUUGCGUUCAUCCUAUCCCCCUUCAAAUUUACAUUACUAAAAAGUACAUUUCAUCGAUCUUCCUUCCCUAUGUCGCCCACCAUGAGCGUCGAAGCCGAUGACUGCAGCCCAAACACCAAAAGCCUCCACUUUCUUCUCGUCCCUCUCAUGGCGCAAGGCCAUAUGAUCCCCAUGGUCGACUUAGCCAGACUCCUUGCCGUUCGCGGCGUCCUCGUCUCCUUUGUCACAACCCCUGUCAACCUAGCUCGCAUCCAGCCCAUCGCCGACCAGGUUUCAGCCUCCUCCCUCCCCAUCCACUUCAUCGAGCUUCCCUUCCCAGCCACAGACGUCGGCCUCCCUGAAGGGUGCGAAAACGCCGAUCUCAUCCCCUCCGCCGCCUUCUUCCUCACAUUCAUGAACGCCCAAUCCCUCCUCCGCGACCCGCUCGAGUCCCACCUGCGCAUCCCUAACGCAUCCAAAUGGCCGAAACCAUCUUGCAUCAUUUCCGACAACCUCCAACAUUGGACAGCAGAUGUCGCCCUCUCGCUAAACAUUCCCCGUAUCAUCUUCCACGGCCCGUCCUGCAUUUACAUGUCCUGUCAACGUUUUAUCGAUCAAAACAGAGCUGAGCUUCAGUCGGCGAUCGAGGCAGCGUCCGGCGAGCCUGUCAUAAUUCGCGGCCUUCCGCAUCCCAUUCAAGUCAGCAAGCACGAGGUGAUGGCUGCGUGGCGCUCGGAUCCUGGAUGGUCAAAAUUCGUAGAAACUGUUCAGCUGGUAGAAGAAUCUGCUGCUGGAGUGGUUGUUAACAGUUUCACUGAGCUGGAGCCAUGGUACUUUGAAAGGUAUCGCGAGAUGAUGGGGAAGGGGAAGCCAAUAUGGCCCGUCGGUCCUCUCUCGCUUUAUAACAAAGAGAUCGAUGCCAAGGAGACGCGUGGGCGGGCUUCAUCUGUUGACACCAAUGUCCUGCUCCGGUGGCUAGACGAGCAGGAGAACGGGUCGGUUGUGCUCGUUAGCUUCGGGAGCAUUGCCCGCGAUACGAUGGAUCAGUUGGUGGAGUUAGGACAAGGAUUGGAAGCGACCGGCCGGCCGUUUAUUUGGGUGGUGAAGUGGGCAGAGGAGAUGCAGGGGAUGAAUGAAUGGCUGACGGAGUUGGAGAAGAGGGUGGAGGGGAGGGGGAUGGUGAUAAGGGGUUGGGCGCCGCAGACUGUGAUAUUGGAGCACGCGGCGGUGGGGGGUUUUGUGACGCAUUGCGGGUGGAAUUCGACGCUGGAGGCGGUGGCGGCGGGGGUGGUUAUGGUGACUUGGCCGCACUUCGCUGACCAGUUUUUGAACGAGAGAUUGGUGGUGGAUGUGCUCAAGGUUGGGGUGGCGGUUGGGGUGAAGGAGCCGACGGUGUUGGGUUUAGAGAAUAAGGAGGAGGAGGUGGUGCAGGUGGGGAGAGGGGAGGUUGAAAGGGCGGUGGAGAUGUUGAUGGGGGGUGGAGAGGAAGGUGAGGAGAGAAGGUUGAGGGCGAAGGAGCUGAGGGAGAAGGCGAAGAUGGCGAUGGAGAAAGGAGGGUCUUCGUGGGAGGGAUUGGAAGAUGUCAUCAAAUAUGUGGCGGAGAGUGCAGAGAAAACGGGAAAGGGUGGGCAUCCAUUUUGAGGCUGGAAACGCAUAUGAGAAUGAGGACAAAAGAUAUUUGUUAAAUAUUAAUUGCUAUUUGAUUUCUUUAAUUAAAAAAUUGUAUUUUGGUAAUGUAUCCGUUCUGUGGAAGUCUUUCCUCUUUGAAAGAAGAUAUAUCGACUUGUUAUUCCUCUUCACAAGCAGGGCUUCAUAAUUGCUUAUAUAAUUUUCAGCAGUUAUCUAUAAGAAAGAUGAAU